UCCCCGAGCUCUGCCCUACCUGGGAACUGCCGCCCCUCGGCGACCUUGCAAGCAGGGGAGGAAACGCGGGGAGCUGCGCUGAGCACCGCGGUGCCAGCGAGCCUGGGGUGGCAACGGGGCAAGUGGAGAAGAAUUCCACCCCCCCCAGGGGUGCUGGGGGAACCGGGCAGGCAGGAAGAGCCCCAGCCCCAGGUAUGGGCCGCCCGGGGUGGCCCGUAGUGGGGUGGCUGCUGGUGGAGCUGGUGCGGGGAGGCGCCGCCGCAGUUCCCGGCCUCUCCUGCUGGAAGCGAUGCUGCUCUCAACGGUUCCUCUGCUCCUGGCCACCCCUCGGCCCUGCCGGCAACACCUCCUACCUCCUGAAGUUCUGCUAUGCAACACCCCAGGUGUGCCACCAGUUCAAGGUGGGCACCAGGACCACUUACACCUUCAAGCAUCACCACGUCUACCUCCUCACCAACACCACAGCCUGGAUGGAAGGACACUGGGGGGACCACAGCAGCAGGACCCCCAACCUCACCCUCUACCUGGAUGAGGCUGUCAAGCUGGAUCCACCCCACACCGAGAUGCCCUUCAACAAGACCAGGGGCUGGUUGUGGCUACAGGUCCCACAGCCACUGUGCCACUGUGGGGUCCAGCUGCCCCAGCGGGAGGCUCGCUUCCGAAGGAGGGGUGACAGUGACUGGACACAGGUGAUGUGCGAGACAGCAGAUGAAGAUGACUCAGUGACCUGUCCCCUGGAGGGGGCUGGCACCUUUGAAGUCCAGCUCCGGCACAAGCUCCCCCACUGGAGCAGCUACUGGAGUGACUGGAGCAGCUCCAGCUUCGUUUCUGAGGAAAUCCUCUCGAGGCCAGAGCUGAGCUACCAGCUGGGAAAACUGGGAAGAGAUGGGCAGCGGGUGCUGAGACUGGGCUGGCAGCGAGUCCCUGAGGACCAAGGGGACGUCACUUACACGCUGCACACCCGCAUGCUGGCAUGUGGCUGUGCUGAGGAGGACACUGUAGAGCUGGGGACAGAGGUGACAGAGCACAACCUCACCCUCUCUGGUGCCGAGUACCAAAUCCUGCUGGCAGCAGCCAACGCCGCCGGGCCGGGGCCGGAGCAGCAGCUCCUGGUGCCAGCAGAGCAACGGGCAGAUCUUGGCUUCAAGGCCAUCCGAGUGGCCGGCAGCACCGUGAUGGCGCAGUGGGAAGCACCAAGCCCUGGCUCUGGGUACUGCUUCGAGCAGCAGCCGCUGCCUGGAGCCCCAAAAGAGGGUGUUUGCAACCAACGGGAUUUCGCUGCCAACAGCAUCCACGUGGAGAGAGGAACACUGGACACGCCGGCGUGUUACCGCCUCGCCGUGCACGGCUGGAACCGGACCCGGGGCUGGGCCACCCUGGCUGGGACACACCACUAUGUUGGCAACGCCUCGCUGGCCGUGCCCGUCCACAUCAACGGCAGCGCCGGAGAUGCCACCAUGGUCCUCUGGUGGAGCCCAUCCCCACGUGCCACCUGUCCCGGGACAAUGGUCAAGUACAUCAUCUGCCACGCAGCCAAGGGGGACAAUGUGACAUAUGAUGAGGUGGACUCUGGGGUGUCACACUACACCCUCCGAAACCUACGGCCUGGCACAGCCUACAGGGUGGGCGUCUGGGAGGUGACAGCAGAGAGCAAGGGGACCUGCCAUCCCUGGUGGCACUUCCAGACCAAGGCACUGGGUGGGGCACUGGGGACAGAAAUGCCAUCCCCCAGCCAUCCCCAUCGCCAGGGAGCUGCGUGGAAAUCCCACUUCAAGUACGUGGGUGUCUCGCUUGCCCUCUCCACUGCGGUGGCCAUUUACCAGCUGAGCAAAAAGAGGGCUCACCGCCUCCUCUUCCCACCCGUGCCCAAGCCCGUGGGCAGCAAAGCCAUCCAGUUCUCCACUGGUGAAACCAACCAGGUGAGACACAAGGUACAGGAGGGGCCAGAUCCAGCACCCUGGCACAUGCCCAUGGCACAGGGUGAUCCCACCCUAAACUCUUCUGACCCUCAGGGGCAGCCCUGGCUGGGCCUCCUGGAGCCUUCGGAGAGGUUCAGCGCAGCUGAGCUGCUGCUGGUGCAGGCAAAUCCCAGCAAGGAGACUCCAGUGGAUCCCAGCACCAGGACCAGCACCAGGCCCAGCACUCCACAGCCCUGCCUGGUGGCUGAGGAACCAGCAGUGGCAUGUCCAGUGGUGGUAUGUCCAGCAGAGCUGCCAUUCACCUACCGCAGGCAAGAGCUGCUGAGCCCGGUGGGAUUUCCACCACCUGGCAGCUCCAGUGGCUCCAGCCACCCAACCGGUGAGGAGAAGGAGGAAGAGGAGGAGGAGGAAGAGGAGGAGGAAGAAAGGCAAGAGCUGUGCCAGCCUGUGGUCCCCAUCUGCCUGCUCAUCUCGAACAAACCCAUCAUCAUCAGGGAUGAGGAAGGAUGGGGCCCAUCACCAGGAUUGGCCACAGAAGGGGGGGAAAGGGGCAUCCCAUGAGAUGCUGAGCACCCAACCCAUGGCUCGUGGGUCACACCGUCAUUUCCAAGGUGUUUUCUGGUGUUCAGGACAUGGAAGGAGGUGCCUCCAGGGGCAGGAUCUGGCCAAGAGCUUCCCAGCCUUAACUUUCCAGUGGAGAUAAAUGAGGAGGAGAAGGGGGAGCAGAGCCCAGCUGGGGCUGAAGGCCUGGGGGGUGGCACCAGCUCAUUGCAAAAAAGGAAAGCAAAGAUAAUUUUAA